GGAAGUGGAAGCGGUUCAGCAAGGACACAGACUUGCUCGGCUGAAGGCGGAGAAGCGCCCAGCAGAAGUGGUCCUAAGCGCUCUUCUUCUUCUUCUUCUUGUCUUCUCCUGGACAAGCUGGACUUGGGGCCUGGAAAAAGAUCUACAGGGCUGGAAAGGUGGUUCCUUUGCUUGGGCAGAAAGGAAGAAAAGGCCUUGUUUUCCCCAGGGUCCUCUACCUUGUUAGAGUGUCUGGGGAUAAGGCCCACUUGCGACACGACGCUAGUCUUGGACCCGGCCGGAUCCUGGCAUGGGACAUGUGCUCCUCUUCUUCCUGGCCUUUGCCUUUGCCCGCCGAGAUUUGGUCCGCUCCCAGCAGUGUUCUGCAGAUGGAAACCAACUCUUGACCCUCCAGUUCGCCGAUGUGGGUGCUGAUCAGCGUAUCCCUGCUCAACACCAACCUCCAGGACCUCUGGAUCCCCUCUAUCACCUUGUCCACAAUUACCUGGAUGUGGUCCAACAGAACCCUUUCCCCACAGAGCUGUUGAAGGAUGUCCUGAAUGAGCCACCGACUGCUACACCUUCUCAGAUCCUUCGCUACCAGGCAGGAUAUGUCAUUUGCGCUGCAAUUGCGGUUCUCUAUUUUGUGACGGUGCCCCUGGUUGGGCUGAGCCUUUGCUGCUUCCAGAGAAACCGGCCCUGUGCUGGACGGAUCAAGGCCUAUCGUCGCUCUCUGCUCUGCCAGCGGAACCUUCUCAUGGUCUGCCUGCUCCUCACCACCCUCCUCAUCCUGUGAGUGUGAGGGGCUGAGCCAGAUCCGUUGCCAUCGUGUUGCCCCCAUAGAGAUUUGGGGAUCGGGAAGGACAGGAAGGUGAAGCCGCACACGAGAGAUGCCAAAACUGUAAAUUCAAAAGCCAGGAAAUGCUGUUCUGGAAUACAGGGAAGCCAAACAAAAUAGCAAUCCUGGUCUAAGAUAUGUUGACUUUUA